ACACACACAGACACAUACACACUACCCAGCAGAGACCUCCUACAUCCUCAUAAACCCAUAAAGCUUUUCACACACCCCCCCGGUAUUCACAGCUGCUGGGCAGACAACAGCAAGCGCCUUACACUUCUUGUCUGUUCGACCUGGCAGUGAACUCUGAGUGGAGUGACGGACAAACGGACAAAAACAAUCAUAUCAAAUGUGGAGUGCAGGCUCUGGUGGAAGGCCGGUGUAGAUGUAAAAAACCACGUGGGAGACAGAGAGAGAAGAGCCGAGAAAAACCCAAAGAAACCAAAAGAUAACAACCUGGACUAAGAGACAGACUGCAAUGAUGCUGUUGAUGAUUCUGAUAAUGCUGACGAUUGUGUUGAUUAGGACGGCAUCAGCCUCGGCGCCUGACUGCAAGAUGGAUAUCAAACCUGGAGUUGGUAUGGAGUUGGCCAAAGGAACCCUGCCCUGCUACCAGCUCAGACCUGGAGUUACAGAGAUUCCCACCAACAUCUCCACAAACACCCAGUGCCUGGAUGUUAAGAAUACGCAGAUCAGUGUGAUUCCCCAGCGCGCCUUCACCAGCCUGCAGCACCUCAGGAUACUCACCAUUUCGGAGAACAACAUCCUGAAGAAUAUCUCUGCUUUUGCCUUCGCUGGCCUCCCUCGGCUCAUUCAUAUUGACAUCUCAGGUAAUGGUGCACUGGAGAGUAUUGGAGCUUUUGCCUUUGCCGGCCUCCCUCAGCUGACUGAAAUCCACAUUUCAAAGAACGAACCACUGGAGAGUAUCGGAGCUUUUGCUUUCUCUGAUCUUCCUGAACUCAGUCAUAUAACCAUAUCACUGUCACAACACCUGAGACACAUCCAUCCAGAUGCAUUCAUGAACAUUGUAAAACUACAGUAUCUGACAAUCUCCAACACCGGCCUGAGAAUUUUUCCAGAUUUGACCAAGAUCCGCUCUACGGCCCACCACUUUGUGUUUGACCUGGAGGAGAACAGCCACAUAGAGCGAGUCCCCGCCAAUGCCUUCAGAGGCCUCUGCACUCAAACCAUCAGGGAGAUACGGCUCAACAGAAACGGCAUCAAGGAGGUGGAAAGUGACGCCUUCGGCGGCACAAAGAUGGGCAAAUUGUCCCUAAAAGGGAACCAACAGCUUACUCACAUCAAUCCCAACGCCUUUGUGGGCUCCAGUGAGUUGGUGGUACUGGACAUCUCCCACACAGCCCUCAGCUCCCUGCCGGACUCCAUCCUCGGUGGACUCGAGUGGCUGAUCGCAGAGUCUGCCUUCCAUCUGAAAGAGCUCCCUCCUCUGCACUUCACCAAACUCCACCUGGCCAAACUCACCUACCCGUCACACUGCUGCGCUUUCCAAAACAUACGCAGGAACAGGUCGAGGGGGCAUCCCCUGUGUUUUCACCCGGAGGCCCGUGAGCAACGUCACUUCUACAGGGACCACUGCUCCAACUCCACCUCCAUCACCUGCAGCCCAACCCCAGAUGACUUUAACCCCUGUGAGGACAUCAUGUCCCCCGUCCCGCUGCGAGUCCUCAUCUGGGUCAUCUCUGUCCUCGCACUGAUGGGGAACACAGCUGUACUCCUUGUCUUGUUAGGCAGCAAGUCCAAACUGACUGUUCCUCGUUUUCUCAUGUGCCACUUGGCAUUUGCUGACCUCUGCAUGGGCAUUUACCUGGUAGUCAUAGCGACUGUAGACACGCUCACUCGUGGCCAGUACUACAACCACGCCAUAGACUGGCAGACAGGCCUGGGCUGCAGUGCUGCAGGCUUCUUCACGGUGUUUGCCAGUGAGCUGUCAGUGUUCACAUUAACAGCAAUCACCCUGGAGCGCUGGCACACCAUCAAACAUGCACUUCGGCUGGACCGUAAACUCCGUCUGAGACACGCCUGUAUCGUCAUGACAGCGGGCUGGAUCUUCUCCACCCUGGCCGCUUUGCUUCCCACAGUCGGGGUCAGCAGCUACAGGAAGGUGAGCAUCUGCCUGCCCAUGGAUGUGGAGUCUCUGGAGUCUCAGGUCUAUGUUGUGUCUCUACUCCUCCUCAACAUCCUGGCCUUCUUCUGUGUGUGCGGCUGUUACCUCAGCAUCUACCUGACCGUCCACAACCCUUCAUCAGUGCCGGCCCACACCGACACCCUCGUGGCCCAGCGCAUGGCCAUGCUCGUCUUCACCGACUUCAUCUGCAUGGCUCCCAUCUCCUUCUUUGCCACCUCGGCCGCCCUCAAGCUCCCUCUCAUCACCAUCUCUGACGCCAAACUCCUGCUGGUUCUCUUCUACCCGAUCAACUCAUGCUCCAACCCCUUCCUGUACGCUUUCUUCACCCGCACCUUCAGGCGGGAUUUCUUUCUUCUGGCAGCUCGCUUUGGUCUGUUUAAAACCCGAGCGCAGAUUUACCGAACAGAGAGUUCCUCCUGUCAGCAGCCGGCGUGGACCUCUUCGAAGAACAGCCAUGUGACGCUGUAUUCCUUAGCCAAUAUGUCAAGUCUAGAUGGGAAACAAGAGUGUUGACUGUUUUUCAAAAUUUCAUAGAUACAGACUUGGUCUAUUCAAAUUUUACAGGUUUUUUUUUAAACUAAUAUUUCUGUCCUCACAGAAGUCCUAAAUCUUUGAGGGAAAUAAAGCAAAACUGUAGAUCUUACAAAGGUAUUGGCAGAACUUGCAUGAUAACCUCUUCAGGUAUGAAAAAUUCAAUGUUUAAGGGUGGCACUUAUUUUCACCUGUGCAUGUUGAGGACAUGAACCAUCAGACUACUAAUUCUUCAAAAGGAUGUCACAACUCAUCAUUAUUAUGGUUUGUUUGAUCUUGAUUUAUGUUGACAACAUCUUCAACCAGCAUAUCAACCACUGACUCUUCAGGCCUGUCCUCUGACCCGCAACAACACGGGACAUAAAGGCUCAGUAUCCUUCUGAAACCAUGUGACCCACGGGUGCACUGCUACUUCUGUAUGUACCGUAGCAGUCCAAGUAAAGAUAGCUUCAGAACAACUACAGAUACUUUGACCAAAUCUAGGUCAAAUUACUGUGUCCUAGAUAAUUAUUUCUAUUUGUUUUAAUUUGAGUGGAGUGCCAGAUGGGUGGAGUUUACUGCAUCAUAACAAUUUAGAUUACAAGUAGGAGAAAAUAAGAGUAGAAGAAGAGGCAGAAUAAGUGAAUUUGUUUCAUUUUCAUUGUCUUAGACAAAAAAAUGCCAUCCAUCUGGUGUCCCAGGACAAUGAAAUAAACUUUGAAACAGUUUACCAAGGCAUGACAUUUGGGAUAUCAGCAUAUGCACAUCGAGAAAUCCACAUUCAUUUUGAAUGAUAUUCAUUAAGAAGCACACCGCAGGGACUUCAACUGAUUAAUAAUCUCCUCAUACACUCUGUCUGCUGUAGCUCUCCAUGCCUCCAAAUCCUCCCUACCCUUCAGUUUCUCUAUUUAAAAAGAAAGAAGGAUGUGUAAUUAUCUUUGUAAUGUAAUUAUGUUUAUUGUUUGUAAAUGAAAGUAUUAGUAACCUUUUUUAUAUCUGUGUGUUCUGUACAAAAUA